UGGUGCAAAGGAGCAAGUUGUGCAAGAUUGAAGGAUCGCGCGUGAUGUGAAAAUGGGAAAGUUUGUCGUCGAGGAGGAGAGAAGAGAAGAGAGGAAAAGAAAAGGAGGAGAGCUGAGGCUGCGGGGCCGUUUUCAAAUGCACUCGUGAACAAGCUGUUCCACACGACGAGGAAAUAAUCCGCGUGUCAGUGUCAUCUUUCUUAUGCUAAGUGGCUGCCUUUGAAGGCGGAUCCUUUGGCAGGUCGGAGCGGGGAGCGGGGAGCGAGUGCGAGGCGGCUCCGAGCAGCUCAGUCGAGCACAUCCGCAGCGGACCGGCGUUGCUCGCCACAACUUCUUGCGCUGGCGCGGAAAAAGUCUGCGCGGAACCGACGCAUCCUCACGCGGAAAAGAUGUUUUUUUUUUGUUUUGUUUUGUUUUGACGGGGGCAGACACACACAUCCGAAGCUUCCUGGAGGCGGAUGGGAACUGAUUGAAUGAAUUUUGAACCCCGAAAGCAUGCUGAGCGGCAACGCACGCUCCCGUCUCCAAAAACUCUAUUUUUGGGACCUUUUUGGGAUUUAUGUCGUGAAUCGAAACACCCUGGAGGUGUUGCGAGAGGAAUUCGUGUAAGUUCCGCCUUGAUCUAAGACUUUGUUGCUGUUCAAGACCACCGAGGAUGGACAGUUUUCGCGUUUGUGUCCAACUCGAGUAGUCAGGAUGCGUUCAAGUGCCGACCUGAGGCUCAAAGUGUUCAUCUUGCUGCUGCUGCGCGCGGGCGCCGGCUGGGCCAUCAGCUCCAUCGAGCCGGAGUGGCCGGGAGAAGGCAAAUGUCAGCAGAUCAGCAUCCCGCUGUGCAAGGACAUCGGCUACAACAUGACGCGCACGCCCAAUCUCAUGGGCCACGAUGACCAAAAAGAAGCUGCCAUGAAGCUUCAAGAAUUCGCCACGCUGAUCCAGUUUGGAUGCCACAGCCAUUUGAAAUUUUUCCUUUGUUCGCUGUACGCCCCAAUGUGCACCGAGCAGGUGUCCAACCCUAUCCCCGCUUGCAGAGUGAUGUGCGAGCAGGUCAAAGUCAAGUGCUCGCCCAUCUUGGAACAGUUCAGCUUCCCCUGGCCGGAGUCGCUGGACUGCUCUCGGCUCCCCACCAAAAACGACCCCAACUACCUCUGCAUGGAGGCGCCCAACAACGGCUCCGACGACCCCCCCAAGGUCUCGCACACCCAGACGCCCGAUUUCCGACCGCAGCGGCCCCUGGGCCCGCCGGAGUCGCCCCAGAGGGACACCGGCGGCGGGAGGUUAUGCGGCAACCCCGGCAAGUUCCACUACGUGGAGAAGACCGAGUCGUGCGCCCCCAAGUGUUACCCCAAAGUGGACGUCUACUGGAGUCAAGGAGACAAGCGGUUCUCCCUGGUGUGGAUGGCCGCCUGGUCCAUCCUGUGCUUCGUGUCCAGCGCUUUCACCGUGCUCACGUUCCUCAUCGACCCCCAGCGCUUCAAGUACCCCGAGAGGCCCAUCAUCUUCCUAUCCAUGUCCUACUGCGUUUACUCGGUGGGCUACCUGGUCCGACUUUUCGUGGGCGCCGACCGGAUCGCCUGUGACCGAGACAGCGGGGUCCACUACGUCAUCCAAGAGGGCCUGGAGAGCACCGGCUGCACCAUCGUCUUCCUCAUCCUUUAUUAUUUCGGCAUGGCGAGCUCCCUUUGGUGGGUCAUCCUGACCCUCACGUGGUUCCUGGCCGCCGGGAAGAAGUGGGGUCACGAGGCCAUCGAGGCCAACAGUAGCUACUUCCACCUGGUGGCGUGGGCCCUUCCGGCCGUCAAGACCAUCGUGAUCCUGCUGAUGAGGAAGGUGGCGGGGGACGAGCUGACCGGCGUCUGCUACGUGGGCGCCAUGGACGUCAAGGCGCUGACGGGCUUCGUGCUCAUUCCGCUCUCCUGCUACCUGGUCGCGGGCACUUCCUUUCUCCUGUCCGGCUUCGUGGCUCUCUUCAACAUCAGGAAGAUCAUGAAAACAGAAGGCGAGAACACGGACAAGCUGGAGAAGCUGAUGGUUCGGAUCGGGGUCUUUUCCGUGCUUUACACCGUGCCGGCCACGUGCGUCAUCGCCUGCUACUUCUACGAGCACCUCAACAUGGACCACUGGCGCGCGCUGGCCGUCCAGCACGAGUGCCGGGACGACGGCGGACCGGAGUCCGAGUGCCUUUUGAAGACGUCCGUGCCCGCCGUCGAGGUCUUCAUGGUCAAGAUCUUCAUGCUGCUGGUGGUGGGCAUCACCAGCGGCAUGUGGAUCUGGACCUCCAAGACCUUGCAGUCCUGGCAGAACGUGUUCAGCAGGAAACUCCAAAAGAGGACGAGAAGGAAGGCGAGCGGCGUGUUCGGCGGCGGCGGCCGGCCUCACUCCGAUCCUCGGCCGUCUCUCAAAGGCCACGCCGCAAAGUACCAACCCACGCGACCCCCUCCCGCGUGCGUGUGAGCCCCCCCAUUUGCCCGUCCGGCGACGCUUUGAACGUGAGACGUUUCAUUCGAGAGGGCCCUGAUGUAUUUACGCGAGCUGCGUUGGAUAAAUAUCACGCGAGGUGUUUUGCUGUUGUUGCAGCUCGUGCGACGACAGCCGCCUUUAUUUUGGGGGGGGGGGGACAAAACCAAACAAAACGACUGCUUCUCUUCUGUUAGCCUACUGAGGAUCCUGCUGUUGUUUCAAUUAUGAGAAGAGGCGCGGAAUAAGCAAUCGAGCUGUGCCACGGGGGUUACUCGAAUAAUGUGCAAUAGAGGUCUCGCUUCCGCUCCACAAAGACACUUGUACUGUUUAGUGGACGAUUACGGACCGGGAAAGGACACCCCCGCCCCGGGGGACAAUGGCGGCAAACGCUCCGAGAGACGAGUGUUGCGUUUUGGAGGCUUUUCGAAUGGAAAUGGCCUCAUAUAUGUUUGAACCGCGGCGAGAACGGCUGCGGAAAAGCAGCCCGGACUUUCUCCAGCCGCCCUUUGUCACGCAAUCGCACCCCUGCUGUAAAUUCAUUAAAGCGCUCCGGACUGAAAAAAGUUGGUCGGACGCGCUGCCGGUUUAUAGCGCGGCGGAAAUGUUUGUAUGUAUUUCUA